GUGACUAAAGGAGCAUGGAAAUUCAAGGAACUGGGGGAUUCAAGUUGCCGGUACUGGAAGCGCCAGGAGGACCGGGCUGUAAGAAGACUGGGCUGAGUUCUGCACUUCGGGGUGGAACUAGUCGGACCCAAGAUUAAAGAGCAUAGCAGGAAAAGGGAAGACUAUUUGCUGAUGAAAGAUUAAAGCGGGCCUGUACUGGGCGGAGCGAUGCAGCGGUGAGAGGAUCAGUCUAUUGGCUGAUGAAGUUUGCUUGAGAACAGCUGCAGUAGUCUUUCCACGGUCUGAGGACGGACGGAAGCAACCUCGAUGUCUCCAUCUCUCUGUCUCUGGCUUCUCCUGUGUUCUCUUAGUAACCUCACAGGCACCAUUGUCUCAGCAGUGGAGAUAUCCUCUCUGAACGGGACCGUGGGAAAAUCUAUCCUGCUCUGUAUAGCCACAGAUUAUGGAAAUGAGACUCGGUCAAUUGAAUGGAUUGAUAAGACUCGCAAUCAACUCCUGUUCAAGAUCCAGCCAGGGGAAACUGAGUCAAACUGGAUUACCGCCCAGGACACAUACAAAGGGAGGCUGUCUGUACAUGAUAUGCGUUGUCUGAAGAUUGAGAAUCUGACCUCUGAAGACAGUGGUCUCUAUGAAGUAGAAAUCAAGUUGAACACUGGAGAAAUAAAACCUCAGAUCUUCAAUGUGACUGUGUCUGGCACUGUGACUACAGGAUCCAACAUGAAACCACGGAAUUACUGGAUCUCAAUUGGCAUCCCAGUGGGUAUAGUCUGUGUUGUCCUCCUAGGGAUCGGAGUCCUGCUGUGUAAAGGUAAAGUUUGCUCUUGGAAAUUUCUAGGUCACCUGAAAAAUCCAGGUGGAUGAGAGUGCUGGGGCAAUGGGGUCGGGGGAGAAUUACACUGGUUUUACUUUGGGGAGCAAAAGAGAGGAGGAGGGCCUUGAGCCCUGGAUAUUCUAUUCAGUGGUCUAGCUUCAUGGAAGGGUUAUGACCAGCCUGUUCUUUGACAUUGACUCUUCUCAUCUCUAGGCAUUUUAAAAAAAAGGAAGGAAAGAAAGAAAAACAUCACAAGUAUGGACAACCUGUCCAGAUCAAGAAACCCAAAUUGGGGAAACAUAAAAGUAAAGCUGUUCUGUACUAGAGAGAUAUAUAUGUAUACAUACGUGUAUAUAUGUAUGUCAUGGACAAGAAUGAAGUCAGCCAGGUAUAAGUAGAAGAGGAACAGGAACUUGCCUCUUAGUCUUAGUUUUAUGCUUUAAUUCUAAUCCAAAGAAAGAGGCUUCUGACAAAGAAUUUGCUUCUGGUGGCUAGGAAAUCAAAGUAAGAGAAAAGAAUUAAGUAUAAAGCAAACUGCAUAGAAAGGAUAAUUCUGUUUCAAAGUGAUUGACACAUCAAGAAAUCUCCUAAGUCCUACUAAAUUCUUUUUAUGACACAAAUAUGGUACUGAUACCUAAGCCAGGAAGGGCAAAAACAGGGAAAGAAAAUUACAGAUCAAUCUCCUUAAUGAACAUAGAUGCAAAAAUCUUAAAUAAAAUAGUAGCAAAGAGACUACAGCAAUAUAUCACAAAGAUUAUUCACUAUGAUCACGUAGGAUUGAUACCAGGAAUGCAAGGCUGGUUUAAUAUUAGGAAAACGAUCCACAUAAUUGACUAUAUCAAUAAUCAGACUAACAGAAAUCACAUGAUUGGAGUCAGCUGGGUAGCUCUGUGGAUUGAGAACCAAGUCUAGAGAUGGAAGGUCCUAUGUUAAAAUCUGCUCUCAGACACUUCCUAGCUGUGUGAUCUUGUGCAAGUCACUUAACCCCAAUUGCCUAUCCCUUACUGCUCUUCUGUCUUAGAAUCAAAGUGUUGAUUCUAAGGCAGAAGGUAAGGUUUUUAAUUUAAAGGAGGAAAAAAAUCACAUGAUUAUCUCAAUAGAUGCAGAAAAAGCCUUUGACAAAAUACAACACCCUUUCCUAUAGAAAAUACUAGAAAGCAUAGGAAUAAAAGGGUCUUUCCUCAAAAUAAUAAGUAGUAUUUAUUUAAAACCAGCAGCAAGUAUCAUCUGCAAUGGGUAUAAGUUGGAAGCCUUCCCAGUAAGAUCAGGAAUGAAGCAAGGAUGCCAAUUUUUACUAUUAUUUAAGAUUAUACUAGAAAUGCUAGCUUUAGCAAUUAGAGAAGAAAAAGAAAUUGAAGGAAUUAAAGUAGGCAGUGAGGAAACUAAACUAUUACUCUUUGUAGAUGAUUUGAUGGUAUUCUAAGAGAAUCCAAGAAAAUCAACUAAAAAGCUACUUGCAAUAAUUAAUAACUUUAGCAAAGUUGCAAGACACAAAAUAAACUCACAUAAAUCAUCAGCAUUUCUAUAUAUUUCCAACAAAAAGCAGCAGCAAGAAUUAAAGAAAUUCCAUUUAAAAUCACUCUAGGCAAUAUAAAAUACUUGGGAAUCUUAUUUGCCUAGACAAAUACAGUUUAAUAUGAACACAAUUACAACACUUUUCACAUAAAUAAAAUUAGGUCUAAACAAUUAGAACAACAUUAAUUGUUCAUGAGAAGGCCAAGCUAAUAUAAGAAAAAUGACAAUCCUAUGUAAACUAAUUUACU